UCUGACCUCCGAUUUUCUCUGACAGCCCCCCUCUGCCUGCUGACCCUACUGCUGCUACCCCUCAGUCUUGGGGCUCCCAUCUCGCCAGCUGAGCCCAUCAGUCAAGCCUACAGCCUGGCCCUCUACAUGCAGAAGAAUACAUCAACACUGCUGCAGACUUACCUCCAGUACCAGGGCAGCCCCUUUAGCGACCCUGGUUUCUCAGCCCCUGAGCUUCAGCUCAGCAGCCUGCCUCCUGCCGCUGUCUCCUUCAAGACCUGGCAUGCCCUGGAUGAUGGGGAGCGGCUGGGCCAUGCCCAGGGGGCCUUCCUGGCCUUGACCCAGCACCUCCAGCUCGUAGGGGAUGACCAGAGAGACCUGAACCCUGGCAGUCCUAUCCUGCUGGCUCAGCUCGGCGCCGCAAGACUCAGGGCCCAAGGCCUGUUGGGCAACAUGGCUGCAAUCAUGACUGCUCUGGGCCUGCCCAUCCCCCCGGAAGAGGACACUCUCGGUGUUGUUGCGUUUGGGGCUUCAGCCUUUGAGAGGAAAUGUCGAGGCUAUGUAGUGACCCGGGAAUAUGGCCACUGGACAGACCGAGCUGUGAGGGACUUGGCUCUGCUCAAGGCCAAAUACCCUGGAUAGACGAGGCAGGACUUCCUGCCAGAAGCUGCAACACUUCUUUCCCAAUGGACUCUUUCCUGCCUUGCUUCUUCGCUAAAGGAGACACAUCUUAUCUAGCAGACAGGGCUUGUUUAUUUGGGAAUAUUUCCUAGGAACCAGGCCUCAAGUCCCUGUUGCCUGGGUCUUUCCUGCCUAGGUCCUAUGACCUCCCUUCCAGAUCUGGGUGGGACUCUAUGGGUAUCAUUUUGUGGAUUCUUUCAAUCCAGUGGUCCUGGUUGCCCCCAUCUUGGGUGGAAAGAAUGCCAGGGCUCUCCCUGAGACCUUCCUUUUCCUGUAAUUUUGAGGAGGUCCAGGGGCUGCCUUUUUGUUUCUACCUCAUUUUCUGUAUGAAGCUAUGGGCUUUCUGAGCAGAUAGGUCUCCCCUUCUUGCUGGAGUUCAUUGCCUCCCCUAGUCUACUUUCCUGACUAUAGCCACUGUUCCAACUUUCCAUCUUGAGGGACUUCACUUCCCAAUCAAUGGAAGUCCAAAUGAAAAAGUACUCAUAUAGAUGUUUCCAGCUCAGGACACAUCUACUUCCUGUUCUAGAGUGAUGGACAAUAUCCCUGGCCUGGGGGCAUUUGUUAAUCUCCUAUUUAUACUGUAGCUUUUGGGUAUGUCUGGGGGACCAGAUUGUGCCCCAAGGAUCCUCUUCUCCCCAAAGGUGUCUCCCCAUUUUCGGCAACUGUAUAUACUGGUAACUUUAGUGUUCUUUUUUAUUUUUAAACAUUUUAUUUACAAAAAAUUAAUUUAUUCU